AUGAAGCUGCUCCUGCUCCUCGGCUUGGUGACCCUGGCCCAGUGCCUUGUCUCCAGGAUCCCUCUGAGGAGGGCGAAGUCCCUGCGGCAGUCCCUGCGGGAGCACGGCUUGCUGGAUCGCUACCUGAAGCAGCACCCCUACAACCUGGCUGCCAAGUACUUCCCAACCAGCACCUCCGCCGAGCCCCUGCAGAACUACCUGAACACCGAGUACUUUGGCACCAUCUCCAUCGGUACCCCAGCCCAGGAGUUCACCGUUAUCUUUGACACCGGCUCCUCCAACCUGUGGGUGCCCUCGGUGUACUGCUCCAGCCAGUCCUGCAAAAACCACAAACGCUUCAACCCAGCGGACUCCUCCACCUUCAUCAGCACCAACGACAGCGUCUACAUCGCCUACGGCACUGGCAGCAUGACUGGCAUCCUGGGCUACGACACCGUCACCGUCACAAGCAUCGAGGUCACCAACCAGAUCUUCGGGCUGUCUGAGACCGAGCCCGGCGAUUUCUUCUACUACGCUCCCUUCGACGGCAUCCUGGGGCUGGCUUUCCCGAGCAUCGCCUCCUCCGGAGCCACCCCCGUCUUCGACAACAUGAUGGCGGAAGGCCUCGUGGCCAGGGACCUCUUCUCCGUCUACCUGAGCAAGAACGAGCAGAGCGGCAGCUUUGUCCUCUUCGGUGCCAUCGACCCCUUCUACGCCACCAACGGCAUCACCUGGAUCCCCCUCUCUGCCGAAACCUACUGGCAGAUCACCAUGGACAGCGUCUCCAUCAACGGGAAAUCCGUCGCCUGCUCCUUGGGCUGCCAGGCCAUUGUGGACACGGGCACCUCGCUGCUGGCCGUGCCCAACAGAGCCCUCGGCACCAUCCUGCGCACCCUCAGCGCCAGCUCCGACGGCGAGAUCAACUGCAAGUCCGUAAGCACGCUGCCCGACGUCGUCUUCCACAUCAACGGCAAAGCCUUCCCCGUGUCGCCCAGCGCCUACGUGAUGGAGAGCAACGGGUUCUGCAGCCUCGGCUUCGAAGGCAUGAACGUCCCCACCGAGUCGGGCGAGCUCUGGAUCCUGGGGGACAUCUUCAUCCACGAGUACUACGUGAUCUUCAACAGGGCCAAAAACAUGGUGGGGCUGUCCCCGCUGUCCUGA